GAAACAACUAAAAUAGUCGUGAUUGUUGCUUGUUGGGCAGUUGUAUUAUGGCUACCUAAUAACGAAGUAAAGAAAAGAAACAAAUUUAGAAAUGUCACUUGGUGGUGGCCUUAAUAUUUUAAAAGCUGAAAUAUUAAAAAAGCGAAAACAAUUAGAAGAAAGUAAUGUUUUACAACAAAAUAAGAAAUACUUUAGAAGGGGAGAACUAGAGUCUCAAUAUAAAACAAAAAAUAAUGAGACUUAUGAUAAUAGUAUAAAUAUUGUCAAAUCUGAUGUGAGUCAAGAACAACAGGAAUCCGUGAAAGAUAAUAGUUUGGAACAAUCAACGUUACCUAGGCCAGAAGUAAUACGAAGAUUAAGAGAACGAGGAGAACCUACAUUGUUAUUUGGAGAAUCAGAAAAAGAAGCAUUUAAAAGAUUAAGAAAACAUGAGAUUUUUGAAGCAGAAGUAAACAAGGGCUUCAGAAAUGAUUUUCAAGAAGCAAUGGAACAAGUAGAUCAAGCAUAUUUAAAUGAAAUUUUGACAUCUAUUAAAUCACAAGACCGUAAUGUUAAAGGAGAUGUCAAUGUACCCGAAGAAGGUAUCACUUAUGAAGAUAUACAAAAAAUGUCUGACAAAUUAAAUAAAGGUGAUAGGGACUUUGAUAUAAAUGUUAUUGUCCAAUUUAUCCAAUUCCUAGUACAAGUAUGGGGUAAUCAAUUAAAUAGUAGAACAUCUGAAGAAAAAAUGAGUACGCAAGGUAAAAUGGUUAGUGCGACUUAUGCUCAAACAAGGGAAUAUUUAAAACCGCUUCUAAGGAAAUUAAAAAAUAAAUCUCUUCCCGAAGAUAUAACUGAUAGUUUAACUGAAAUUAUGAAACAUUUACUUGAACGUAAUUAUAUUUUGGCUAGCGAUGCAUACUUACAAAUGGCGAUAGGAAAUUCUCCUUGGCCUAUUGGUGUAACUAUGGUUGGUAUUCAUGCGCGUACUGGGAGAGAAAAGAUCUUUUCCAAAAAUGUAGCGCAUGUAAUGAAUGAUGAAAAACAAAGAAAAUAUAUUCAAGCUGUAAAAAGAUUAAUGACUAAAUGCCAAGAAUAUUAUCCUACAGAUCCUUCACGUUGUGUGGAAUAUGCAAAAGUAUAGGUAUUUAAUUAUUAAAUUAAUUUCUUUUUAAUAUAACAUAAAGAAUAAUUGUAACAUAUACAAUCUUAAUAAACUAUAGUAAAAAAAAAAAAAUUCUAUAAA